AUGUUUACUGGAACUCCCUCAUUCCUUGAUGCUUCAAUCAAUGAAUCAUUCGGUAACCUCUUGGCCAAAUUUUCGCAAACAAACAAUCUUAGAGCCAUCAAGAAAGUCCAUGCUCAUUUACUUAGAACAGGCAUAAUCUUCAUUUCUUACACCCUCCAAACCAAUCUCGCAUACGCACAUACGAAUUGUUCUCAAGAAAACAACAUUCAAACACUAACCAAAUUCUUCAAUUCCUCCAUUCUCACACACCCGGUUCCCUUCAAUUCGAUCCUUUCUUGUUUUGUUAGAAAUGGACAUCCUUCUGUUGCUCUCAAAACAUUCACUUUCAUGCAUGUCAGUGGCGUUCCAAUAGACACAUACGCUUUGUGUAGCUCGUUAACAGCGUCUUGUUUGACUCGAGAUGUCGGGUUCGGGAAACAGAUCCAUACCCAUGUAGUGAAAUCUGGGUGUGGUUCUAGUGUGUUCUUAGGCAGUGCCUUAGUUGAUUUCUACUCAAAAUCAAUGGCUAUUCUUGAUGCAGCAAAGGUGUUCGAUGAAAUUCCUCUGAAGAACACAGUCUGCGCAAAUGCGCUUCUUUCAGCUUAUUCCGAUGCUAAAAUGUGGGAGAAUGGUAUCACAUUACUCCGCAGUAUGCCUGGUUUACAUUUAUGUUAUGAUAAUUGGACCUUUUCCAUGGCUUUGAGUAUAUGUUCUGGGAUGUAUGCAAUCGAAUUAGGUAGUCAACUACACGCAAAAGUAAUUCGAACAAUUCACAAUGCAAAAUCUGACGUCUUUCUCUUGAGUUCACUAAUUGAUUUAUAUGGAAAAUGCGGGCUAUUAAUCAAAGCGAAACAAGUCUUUUCCAUGGCAGAAUCUCCCGAUGUGGUUUUAUGGACAUCAAUGCUUAACGUAUAUGGUAAAAACGGGAAUCACAAAGAAGUAAUUCAACUUUUCAAAAAGAUGUUAACAAAGAAAGUUAAACCAGAUGGGGUGGCGUUUGUUACUGUUAUCUCAGCUUGUGGUCACACGGGUCAAAUUGAUCUUGGCAUCGAGUAUUUCAAGUCCAUGGGUCGGGAUUUUGGGAUAAACCCAAAUCCCGAGCAUUACGGGUGCCUUGUUGACUUGUUUUGUAGAGCAGGUGAGUUAGAAAAGGCUUGGAAUGUGGUGAAAAACAUGCCAAGUAAAGCGACCCAAAGUGUCUCUGUUUGGGGGGCGUUGCUGAGUGCUUGUUGUGAUCAUGGACAUGUUGAUUUGGGGAAGUUUGCAGCUCGAAGAGCACUUGAAUUGGAUCCUAUGAAUACUGGGAUUUAUGUUUUAUUGUCGAAUAUGUAUGCUAAAUGUGGUUUAUGGGAUGAAAUCCAACAAUUAAGGGAAUUGAUGGAAAAUAAAGGGUUAAAGAAAGACACUGGAUGUAGUUGGAAUGUUGGAUUGAGGUGA